AUGGACUCGGAGAAGGCAAGGCGCAUCACCAUGCUGGCGGAGAAGCAAAGGAAAUCCUUGGCUAUCGGCCGCCAAGACGAGGCCGACGCACAGGAAGAGGCGAAGGAGGAGGCGCUGGCGCAAGCCCUGUCCACCGAAGCGAUAAGCUACGACUUCAAGGACACCUCGCAGAGGAGGCAGAUGGGCGUCCCUCGAUGGCUGCGGCCGUGUUACAACACCUGCUACAACAAGACCUUCCGAAGGCUACGGAAGCAGUUGAAGCCACUGGUGCGGAACAUGUACUUUGACAUAGCCUCCACCUUGACGAUCCUCAUCAGUGCCAUUAUCAUGGGCAUUGAGGCAGAAAUUUGGGACCCUAACGACGGCAGCACGCCGAAGCCCGUGUGGAUCGAUCUUUGCAUGUGGAUCAUCAAUGUUUCGUUCCUCGUAGAGUGGGUCCUUCGCUUCAUCGUGGGCGGUGCGCUCUGGCUGAAGGAGCCCCUGAACAUCAUGUUCACCCUGGCUGUCUUUGCUCCCUUCUUCUUCGCUGCCUUGGGCGACACUGUGGAGAUCGUGCGCAUCGUGGUCAGGAUGCUCCGCAUUGGCAAGGUCAUCCAUACCAUCAAGAAUGUCAAGGGAUUCAAAGUCAUCUGGCUCCUCCUCUCUGGACUGUUUGCUUCGGCGGGGACACUUUUCUGGUCGUGUCUCCUCUUAGCGACCUCUGUGCUGUUCUUCAGCAUCAUCGCUGUGGAUCUCAUCGGGUAUGCAGAAGUGUGGACCUACCAGCCGGAGGACGCCAUUCCGAGGUGGUUUGUGUCCAUCCGCAGUGCGAUGUUCACAAUGAGUCGCUUCAUGAGCUCCGACGGCGCCAUGGAUAUUGUGGAGUACCUCAUGCAGGUGCCCUGGGCAAAGGACCCAAGCAACCCGUACCCGAAUGAUGGCCAGCCCUACAUUUGGAUCUUCCUGUUCGCCUUCCAGGCUUUGUCGCAAUACGUGAUCCUGAACCUGGUGACGGCCGUGAUCUGCGACAACUCAAUGAAGAUCGUGAGCGAAGACGAGGCCAACAGGGCUGAAGAGGCCGAGAAGGAGAAGCAGAAGCAGAUCGAGGAGCUGCGGGAGCUUUUCAAGCUCCUGGACUCCGACGGCAGCGGCGAGGUCGACACGGCUGAGUUUGAUGGUGCCUUUGAGAUUCCAGCGCUGAAAAACAAGCUGCUCCUCCUUGGCCUGGAGGAGAGCGAGCUGAAGCGCUUCUUCCGUGCACUGGAUUCGGACGGCUCUGGAUCCAUGGGCAUCGACGAGUUCUGCGAGGGCAUUCCCGAGCUGUUCGGGCAAGCAACCGCCUUCAGCAUGCUCAAAGCCAAGAAGAAGGCAGAGAAAGCCGAGAAGCAGCUCCGGCGGCUCAAGGACAAGCUCGGUCACCCUCCGGACAGGCUUACGACCAUAGAACCGCCCAAAUCGGCCGGAGAGCUCGAACUGCAGGACGACAUCCGCAACCUCCAGGUUGAGGUCGAGACGCGGCUGGCCAAGCUGGACGAGACGGUGAAGACGAGCUUGAAGCACGUUGAGCGCAUCGGGGAAGUCCUGGGCACCUUGUGA